AUGAAGCCUAGGCGCAAGUUCAAGCUGGAAGACUUCCGCUCCACCCAUUCCAUCUAAUUACUGCGUCAUCUUCAUCACUGGACCUCGACCCGCCUUCUCCAAUCUUCAAUCAAGCUCUGUUAAAAGGCUCCACACCCACGCCGCCAGUUGCUUUCCAGCUUUGCUCAAGUUGGUACGCGUUCGUCAUGUCUGACUUCGAGUCCGAUAUCCCUCCUGGUUCUCCGGUCGCCUCUCGUGAGGGUCCGGCUCCCCCCUCCUCCUCUCCCGUCCGCCGCAGCUCUCGUUUGGCCAUGCGCCCGGACCACCUCUCCCCAGCUUCUUUCCUUAAAUCCAAAGGCGUCUCCCUCGCCGCUGGCCUUCAAUCUCCGCAGGUUGCCUCUCUCGCUGCCCUCAUGCCGUUCAUCGACACCUCUCCGCCCUAUAUUCCUCCGUCUCCCCCUGCUCCCCCUUCAUCAGUCAGCGGGAAAAGAUCCUGCAAGUCCGUCGCUCCUCCAGCCAAGCGACGCAAGGGCCGCCCCCCCUCCUCUCAGUUGUCCUCUUGUUUACCUGGGCCUCCUUCAGCUCCACCGCCAAAUCCUAAUCCUCCUCCUAACGCUCCCGUCGUACCUCCAGAAGCCCCCGGUCCCUCCUCAGGUCCCCACUCUCUGCCUCCCCUCCCCCCCUCUUCUGACCUGGUCCUUGCGUCCUCUCUCGUCGCAUCCAUGGAUUCUCUUCAGCGUUCCGUAUCAGCGCUGUCCUACCAGCUUCAACACGGUGCUUCUAACUUCGCGGUGGCGUCCUCAAUCCCUUUCUCUGCCGCUCCAGUUGCCCCUCCUCCCUCUCUUCAGCCACCUCCAACGGUGUUCACCCUCGCUAACGCCCGGCCUGCGCCGCCUUCAGGUGCGGCUUAUACGCCUUUGCACGCCAACAUCUCUCCCAGACUGCGCUCAAAGAUACUGCAAGGACAGUACAUCAAUUUAGCUUCCAUUCUCCUUCCCUCUCCCGUAGUCGACCAAAGUAUUGCUUCAUCCGAUCAAUUUUCAGCAAUCAUUAAAUCUUCGGAUCCCCGCCUAGCGAAAGAUUUGUCUAUCGGGCAGUUCCUAGCCGCAUUCAGUGUCUUUAGGGAUGUCAUCUGUUCAGUUUACCCUGAGCGCAGAAUAGAUUUGGAUGCAUAUUUGGCAUUGAUCGCUGAUCUUCAUUUGCAAUAUGGUCGAUCUCUAUUUUAUCAAUAUCACAAAGCUUUCGCUACCAAAGCUGCCGCCGUCCUCUCCCGCUCUGGUCUGAAUCUCAACUGGUCUACUCUGGAUACGGAGAUUCUCAUCAUGCUUACCCAAGCUGUUUCAUGCCACCUGUGCGGCAUUUCGGGCCAUCUUAGCGCCUUCUGCCCAUCUCUCCCAUUUAAGCCAGGUCCUCCCGCCGCGGCUUCUCCGCCAUCUCUUCUCAGAAUCCCGUCGCAAGAUCGUCACGGCAGACAGGUGCAGGUUCAUAAUAACAUGCCUAUCUGCAAUAACUUUAAUGAAGGUGUCUGUUCAUUUCCCAAAUGUGCUUUCCUUCACAUCUGUAGUUUCUGCAGGGACGCUCAUCCCAAGUCCGUCUGCCCCCGCCGCACCUUUCCCAGCAGAAACCGUCGAGGUUUCAGGAAUUAGUUUUCCAAUUUCUUUCGACUCCCAUUCUAGUUCCCGAAUUGGCUUUCCUUUUACAGUAUCAUCCCGAUCAAUCAUUCGUUAAUUUCCUAAUCACUGGUCUCUCCCAGGGUUUUUUCAUAGGUAUACCUCAUCCCCCCGCUUCUUCUAUAGUCAUUCCAAAUCUCCAAUCAGCGCUGUUAGAUCCGAGCGCCGUCUCCCACUUAUUACAGAAAGAGGUGUCUAAAGGUUACGUCAUCGGCCCCUGCGUUUCCCCUCCCUUCUCCCUCUUUCGCGUCAAUCCCCUCGGAGUCGCGAUCCGCAAAUAUUCAGGGAAAAAACGUUUGAUUCUUGAUCUGUCUGCGCCUCAUUCUGGUUCCCACCCUAGCAUUAAUAGCCUUAUUCCGAAGCCACCCUUUUCACUCUUUUAUGCCACAGUAGAUCAUGCCAUAGCGUUAAUAAAGAAAGCCGGUCCAGGAGCGUGGCUGGCCAAAGCCGACAUUACUGACGCUUUUAAGAUCUUGCCCGUGCAUCCCUCGCAGUGGCACCUGCUGGGUGCUAAAUGGGACGAAAAAUUUUAUUUCUUUGUCCGUCUGACUUUUGGAUGCAGGAGCAGCCCCAGUCUCUUUAAUUCAUUUUCUGAAGCUCUCUGCUGGAUUUUGCUAAAUGUUGUCAAACUUCCCUCCGUGCUCCACCUCCUUGAUGACUUUCUGCUUAUAGAUCCGCCCCACCCUUUUCCCCGUUCGCUCAGCAAAUUGAAAGACCUUUUUCUCCGCGUCGGCGUUCCCCUCUCCGAGGAGAAAACUGUUGGUCCGCGAAAAAAAUUAGACUUUCUCGGCAUCUCUCUGGACUCGGUAAAAAUGGUUGCUUCGCUGCCAGCCGAUAAAUUAGCUCGCAUUCGUGAAAUCUCCCAAGCUUAUCUUUCAUCCCCGACUCUUUCCAAGCGCCAGCUUCUCUCGCUGCUCGGGCAUCUUAACUUCGCCAUGCGCAUAAUCCCUCAAGGUCGCUCUUUUAUCUCCAGGUUGCUCGACCUCGCUAAUUCAGUUCCCUCUCUAUUCGAUCGAAUCGUUUUGGAUGACGGCUGCCGCUCUGAUCUCGUUUUUUGGUCCUCUCUGCUUAACUCCUGGAACGGCAUUUCUUUUUUCUAUGAUGACGUCAUCCUCUCCGCUGAUUCCGCCCAGUUUUACACCGAUGCUGCUCCUUCCGCAGGAUACGGGGGCUUUUUUCAGGGCAGCUGGUUCGCUGAGAAAUGGCCUCUUUCGGUUCCUCGGUCAGAAUCUUCGGCUUUUUAUGAAAUAGUCCCCAUUGCUACAGCAUGCUGCCUCUGGGGAAACCAGUGGAAACGCAAGCACAUUGUCGCAUUUUGCGAUAAUGCCGCAGUUGUAGAAGCUAUUAGUAAAGGCCGCUCUUCUUCCAAGUCUAUUAUGCCUUUUCUUCGUCGUAUUACAUGGCAAUCCGUGAUCAACAAUUUCAUCCUCUCUGCGCGUCACAUUCCAGGUCAUUCUAACGCCAUUGCCGAUGCUCUGUCUCGUCUUCAAUUUCAGACCUUUCGUCGCCUCUGCCCUUCAGCCGACCUCCUCCCGACGCCUGUUCCCUCCUUCGACAACCUCAUCCUGAAUUAAUCUCCCCUUCUCUUUUACCCUUGCUCCAGUUGGCUAACUUUUACAUUAAAAAUGGCCUCGCUCAUUCUACGUUCAAAUCUUACACCUUCGCCUGGCACAAGUUUGCAAACUUCUGCUCUGUUCACAAGACCCCACUUUAUCCCGUUCAAGUUAGCUCAGUCAUCGCUUUCAUUACCCAUUGCUUCGUUCAUCUUAAUCUGAAGCCCUCUUAUAUCCGCAGUCUCGUCGCAGGUAUAAAUUUUUUCUCCCAACUUUCCCAGUCUUCCUCUUCUGUUAGCUUUUUUCGUGACAAUGUUAUAAAGCUUCUGUUAAAGGGUAUUUCUAACGUUCGUCCUUCCCUCCCAGAUAGUAGAAAACCUAUCACCCUUCCCAUUCUCAUUAAGUUACUCAAUGCCCUUCGACUCAGUUCCUACUCUCCUUAUCUCCAGAGCCUCCUCUCGAGUUCGUUUCUUUUAGCUUUUUAUGGGCUCCUUCGUCUAAGCGAGUUCACGUCCCCAAAUACCACAUUCAUCCCUUCUAGAGACUUAGCGGUUUCUGACCUCAGUUUCCACGUUAAUUAUUACAGCUUAUCCCUCAAGCAUACUAAAUCUAAAGGCGCAUGCACCAUCGUCAUAGCUCGUACCGAUGGUCCGUUCUGCCCUUUUUUAGCCAUGUUCAAAUUCGCGCUCUUAAGACACAAAUUGAGUUUUUCCCCCGAACCCCUGUUCCUAACCCCCGAAGGUUUCCCCAUGUCCUCGGCCUGGUUCCUAAAGCACCUGAAGCUACUUCUAGCCGCAUCCAACCUCCCUCCUAGCCAAUUCUCAGGCCACUCCUUUAGAAUAGGAGCGGCUACAUCCGCAGCCGCGCAGGGUAUUCCCACGUCAACCCUCCAGCAACUCGGCCGAUGGUCGUCUUCAGCUUUCGCAUCCUACAUUCGUCCAGACCUCUUAGCCGUUCUCGCAGCUCAACGGUCUCUCAGUGCCUAGGUUCCAUUUCAAGCAAUCCCACCUCUUGUCCCUGCCGGCUACCAACUUUAUCCGCCUAACGCCGCAUCAUGUCAGUAACCCCUCAGCUGGCCUACAUCUACCAGCCCAACUUCGCGUCACGCCAAUAACACCCCAGCUGGCCUUCAUCUACCAGCCCGACUCCACACCAGGUAAGUAACCCCUCAGUCGGCCUUCUUCUAUUAGAUGGCGCGGCGUCAUCCCACAAGGUUUUCACUGCUAUCCGUCACCUCGAUUUCUCCCAUUUGCAUUUCACCUCUCGUAGCAAAGUCUUGGCCUCGGCCCCGGCAUCUGCAAAGAAGUUUUGGGGGGGAGUAUCCCUAUUCAGCGUUGAUGGGCUCAUCUGAAUUCGCCGGAAUUCACUGCUCAAAUCUCCAGCCGGGGCCCGAGCGCCAAAGAAUUGUUAUUCAUCUUUUGUCAAUAAAUUUCCUAAUUGUUUAUUCUUUUCCGUCUGAGUCUCUCCAGAUUGAAAUGAAGCCUAGGCGCAAGUUCAAGCUGGAAGACUUCCGCUCCACCCAUUCCAUCUAAUUACUGCGUCAUCUUCAUCACUGGACCUCGACCCGCCUUCUCCAAUCUUCAAUCAAGCUCUGUUAAAAGGCUCCACACCCACGCCGCCAGUUGCUUUCCAGCUUUGCUCAACCCACCUCCUCCCCUUCUCCACCAGCAUUUCAAGUCGUCAUCUUUCCCAACCUCCACCACCAGUGUCGGGCCCCGGGGGAGUAUCCCUAUUCAGCGUUGAUGGGCUCAUCUGAAUUCGCCGGAAUUCACUGCUCAAAUCUCCAGCCGGGGCCCGAGCGCCAAAGAAUUGUUAUUCAUCUUUUGUCAAUAAAUUUCCUAAUUGUU